UCAAGUUCCGCAUUUAAAGCUACGUUAGCUUCAGAGACAACACAAAACCAAAUCAGGUAGCACACUGACUGCUGGUAUGGACUUAAAAGAUCAUAUUUUUAAUUAAUGGAAACAUAAAUACUUUCGACCUGCUGGCCGAAGCACGGAACAACCGUCGAAGCUAGUGACGACGAUAACUGAGCAGCAAUGAGCAACAGCCCUGCAUCUGUCCAGAUGGACGAGGUCAGGAGGAGAUCCCAAUCCCUCCUCUCCUCCUCAGGUUCAGCUCAGGAUGUGAAAGCAGAGGUGCAGACCAUGGCAGGCAUUUCCCUGCCUCUGUCAGAGAAGUACCGUCACAUUGGAGUGGAAGCCAUGCUGAGGGAGAACACAGCCUGCCGCAACAGGCAGGAGGUUCUGGAGUCUUUGAGUAGACUGGUCAAGGCCUUGAGUAUCCUGGAGAAGUAUGGCUGUAACCUGACUAGUCCCGCCAGGCCCAGAUACUGGAGGAGUGUCAAGCACAACAACCCUGUCUUCAGAACCACAGUGGAUGCCAUCAAGGGAGGUCGGACAGUCUUGUAUCUGUACGGUUACACCAAUCAGCAGAUAGACGGCCUCAGUUUCCCUGAGGAAGUCGCUGAACCAGACACUGCAAAAGUUUCUGCAGUGACGCUGGAGGUCAUGACCCUACGCACAGAGGUGGACAUGCUCAUAAAGGGCACCCACCCUCACCCAGAUUACUUCAAAGAUAUCAUCCCAUUCAUCGUUCAGCAGGAUCUUCAGGAUCAGCUGGUGGUGAGUGACGCUGUGGUUUUCCUGCCUGGAGAGGAGCAGCAGGCGGACAAACCCCAGGUUCCAUCUCUUCCACCUAAACACACUCCAGGCCCUGUUGGACAACCUCUGAAACCAUCGACAGGCUCUCCAGCAGCGAGUGAGUGCAAUUUGUGUGGUGCCGCUUCAUCUCUGGUUUGCCCAUCUUGUGACAAUCAAGCUUUCUGCGACGCAUGUGAUGACCUCUUUCACCGCCACCCCACCAGAACCAAUCACAAAAGAGAUAAAAUGCAGAAAAUCAAACAGGGGACCUGUACCAUCUGUGGGAUUUCUGCUGUGCACGCUCAGUGCCCCACCUGCAUCCAGAGGUUAUGUGAGAACUGUGACAAGCUUUUCCACUCUCACCCUGAGCGCAAAGGACAUAGCAGAACUAUUAUUACACCAGCCAAAACAUCCAGUCCAUCCCUGUCACCUUGGGAGUGUGCACAUUGCACUACAGUGAAUGAGAUGCGAGCCGUCCUCUGUACAACCUGCGAACGGCCUCGACUCGCCACAGCUGCAUCCACUGUUCAAGAAAGUCCGAUGUCAGUUCCCACAUCUCCCAACACAGAGUGGCAGUGUAAGAGCUGUACAGUGGUGAAUCAAGGCAGCAGCAUCCUCUGUGAGGUGUGUGAGCGCCCUCGUCUGGCCACACGCCCACCUGUCGCACCAGUGUUGUCCAGCCCAGGAUCUUUGUCUGACUCUGGAACAAAGUGGAUGUGCCAGUUCUGCACCUACGUAAACACCAAUCCCACUGUGGUGUGUGAGAUGUGCAACCUGUCAUGUAAAGACUCUGCUGGAGUUUCGCUGCCCCAGUCUCUCCAGCAGACUCCGUCCAGCAGCAUUAAAGAUCAACCCCAGCUGGGUGUGAGGCCCCAGCCGAAGCCCAGAGUCAACUUGGAGCUGAAAAGACAGAAGAUGAUGAGGGAAGACGGCCUCUCUCUCAUCCACCAGAUCAGAGAAGCAGAAAAGCGUGGGGUCAGCGCUGAGGAGGUGUACGCAGCCAUCUGUGUGUGCGGUGGCAGCAACACGAACCCUUGUGAUUGGCUGACGUCGGAGCUGCCUCACCUGCUGGAUGAAAUCUGCGCCAUGGCGGCUUCCGUCCAGCUCAAUUACAAAGCAGGGGAUUCUGGGAUACAACCAGUGGUGGAGAGAGACGGAGAGGAGGCUGAGCUGAGUGGUCCCAGUGUCACAGGUGAAGAUGUGAAGCUGUCCAGAGCUGAGGCCAAGCUGGCCUGGUUGUCAGCAGGAGGAGACACAGACAGAGCCGUGAGACAGCUGCUCAGAGACAGACAGGUCAAGAUGAAGGAGCUGCACUCUCUGGGCUUCAGAGAUGCAUUUCAGUGUGAGGAGGCCCUGCGGCUUAGUGGAGGAGAGGUGAAGGAGGCUUUGUCUCUGCUGCAGCGCCCUCUCCUGGAGCCCUUCCACCAGCGAAUCUGGAGCGACCAGCCCGAGCCACCGAUCGAUCCCAGACACCCAGAUAAGCAGAGGAUGUGCAGGCGUCUAUUGGCACUGUACGACCUGCCCAGCUGGGGGCGCUGCGAGCUCGUCCUCUCAUUACUUCAAGAGCCAGAUGUCACCUACUCUCUGGAGGACGUUGUGCAAGCUGUGAAGGAGUCGCACGACAAGGAUUUCAUCAGGCGUCUCCUCAUUAACGAGUGCCCCUGCUGUCUGAGCAUCUUCCCCCGCAGCAAGAUGCAGUCUCUGACUUCCUGUCAGUGCUCCGUGUGCCACGACUGCUUUGGGCAGCAUUUCACCAUCGCUGUGAGAGAUAAACACAUUAGAGACAUGGUGUGUCCUGUCUGCGGUGAGCCAGACAUCAAUGACCCCGAACAGCUGGACAGCUACUUUUCCACGCUGGACAUACAGCUGCGGGACUGUCUGGAACUCGAUGUGUAUGAGCUGUUCCAUAAAAAGCUGACUGAGCACGCUCUGAUGAAAGAUCCAAAGUUCCUGUGGUGCUGUCACUGCACGUCCGGGUUUAUCAAUGAUGGAGACCAGCUGAAGGUCACCUGCCCAUCUUGCCGUAAGAGUUUUUGCGCUCAGUGCAAGAAACCUUGGGAGUCUCAGCACCAGGAUCUGUCCUGUGAGCAGUUCCAGCAGUGGAAGAGGGAGAACGAUCCGGAGUACCAGAGGCAGGGCCUGGCUGGCUUCCUGAGAGACAACGGCAUAACUUGUCCUCACUGCAGGUUCCAGUACGCUCUGACCAAAGGUGGCUGCAUGCACUUCAGCUGCUCCCAGUGCAGGUACCAGUUCUGCAGUGGCUGCAACAACCCCUACCACAAGACGGUAUGUAAGACACCCCAGUGCAGUUACACAGGUCUACAUGCUCAUCACCCGCGGGACUGUCUAUUCUACCUUAGAGACUGGGAGCCCCCCAGACUACAGGCCCUGCUGCAGAGGAGUGGUGUGGAGUUCAACACAGAUCCUUCUAAUGGAGUUCAAACUGAUGGUUGUUGUGUGAUGGAGCAGAAAGAUGAAGGAGGUCAGCAAAUUGAUUCACCAUGUGGCCUCCAAACACAGCCGGGACAAGCUGGACUCUGCGAGAAGCACUACAAGGAGUACCUGGUGAGUCUGAUAAACGCUCACUCACUGGACCCUGCUCCACUCUACGAGGCCAAUGAGCUGCUUCGGGCCUGUGAGAGAUACCUGGUGGACAAGCAGAAAGUGGAGAACGAGGACGAUAAUGCCUACCAUGCCCGACUGCUCAAGAAACUGAUGGAGGUCCCUCUUGGAGAAAAGGUUCCUCGAAACAAAUAAAAGGUUCCCUGAACAGAACACCCCCCCUCCUAAAUUGUGUUCAUCAAGCAAUUGAUGCCAACCAGAGUCAUGAAUCUGAAAUAAUUAGCGCUGCCUUUGGUUGUUAACAGGCUGUUAUUACUCAUCAGCUAAGUAUUAUGUUCUCCACCCUUUCACAACACACUUGACUCAAACUCAGACUCAAACAAACAAACAUCAGCUGUGUGCCAAAAGAAAACACUGAACAUUACUUUGGUGGCAAGCAGCUGUCCAAUUUGUGUAUCUGUUCAUAAACAUCUGUUUGUUCAGUGGUUCUCACAAUUGAAGGUUAAACCUUUGUUUCCUUGUUGAACAUAAUGAUAAACUGAUAAUGAAGGAAUCAAGUGGUUUGAGUCUGCGUGAUAUUCAUCUCACUUCAGCUCUGACAAAUGUAACUAUUGUCUUCUUUUGUCUUCAGGGCCCUGUUUCAGAAAGUGGGUUUAGUGAAAAGUCUGAGUUAGUUAACCCUGAGAUGAGGGAAACUCUGGGUUUUGUUUCUGAAAGAGAGCCAAACCUGCUUGGUGGCAGGUUUUCUUCAACAAACCCUGAGUUUCUCUCUGUCUCCUCCCUCUGACAGAGCCAGACACGUGAUUUCAUUUCCUCAUUGAUGUAGUUUGUAUCAAAGAGCACAUUGAAGUGCGGUGAUUACAGUGGUGGUUUACUGUAUGUCAGAAUCUAAAUCCUGGUUGGAUAUUAGUUUGUUACUCAGAACUAUCUAAAGUUACGGCUUUAUGCCCUGUCAGUAAUUUCUUUGAACAGCAGUUUCUGCCCUCAAAUUAAAAUAUCACACAACAUCAAAUCACCUUUAAUCUCUUUAAACUGAUAUCUGCGUAUGUCUGCUUUAUCGUCGUCAGAUGAUAGUCUAAAGGGUCCGAGACUGAGUCACCCCAGCUCAGAAUUAAACCCCUGCAUGUCCUUCUUUUUGCGAGUGGUAGUUUUUUUGUUUGUUUUUAUAGGUAACACUGUGACUCUACACUGACAGCUGUCAGUUUGUUAGAGCACGUUUACUGAAAUGUUUAUUGCAUACAAUGUGUAAUCUCAGUUUCAAUCAUAGAAAUGAAAUGAUUGGAAAAAAUCUGGGGUUUAAAUUGUAAAAAUCAGUUGGCCUAUGCAUGAAAAAUGAUUUCUAUCACUCAUAACAUGAUUGGUCGCAUUAAUGGAACAUAAUUCCUAUAAUAGUGUUGAUGAUAUGUAAUUUUUUAUGAUGAGCAGGAUCAUGGUACAGCUGCUGAAUGAAACUGAGUUUUUUUAAAUAGGCUGCGUAUAGUCUGAACGUCUUUUAACAGAAUUUCAGUGGCUGUUUUUAAAUUUACAACAUUUGUUAAAGUAGCUGAAAUAAAGCCACUGAACACUGUCGGGCCAAAGAUUCAAACCGAUGUCUAAAAUUUGAAAUCGACUGUAUUUUAACCUCCAUUGCAUGUCACCAAAGGAUGUAGAAAAGUCUGCAUAUUCAUGUGUUAAUAUCUCAACAUGCACCAGAUUAAAAUAAGGUUCUGCCUUUUUUUUACCUGUUGCCAUCGUGAAUCACAGAUCAUCUGAGCUCCACUGAUGAUGGCUUUUUUCAUUCACUCAAAGUUGAUUGAACUGACUCUGAUCAGCUGUUCGGAGACGAAAAACUAAAGAGUUUUCCAACUCAGACUUUAGGGUCAGACUCAGAGUUUGUUAUCCCUGCUUUCUGAUACAGACCCCAGGUCACAGUGACAUAUAAAUACUAUUAAAGGAACUUAUUAGAGGGAUGGAUUUGGAUAUUGUACAAAUAUGACAGUUUGUUUAUCUAUCUUUUGCACAAGAAGAAAUGUUUCUCUUUGGAAAUAUGUGUCAAAAUUUCUACCACAGAACAAUGUAGCAAUGUCGGGCAAACAUAUUUAAAUAAAUACACAGAAAUUAAACUAGAGGAUAAAAUGUUAUUUUCUUAAAGACUGUUUAAAUUUUCUGCUGUCAGGGUUUUUCUGUUUUACUUUAUAUUUCAUGGAUAAAUCAAUCAGUAAAUAAACAAUAUGAUUAUUCUGA